CUCCCGCGCUGCCGCUGUGCGCAUCACUUCCGGUCGCGCCAGCCGCGGGUUUCCAGUCCUGGGCUUCUGUGUCUACUUCGCCUUGCUUCGGGGUUUCUUCGCUUGCAGCGCGGCAAGGUUAUCACCAGAGCCGUGCUUUUCCCUUCUUGCAGUCAGGUGCUAGAGCCACGUGGCCCGGGGCUUCCCGCUUGCACAGCCUGGCAGCCCGGAGCCUUCCACGGUCCCCCGCCCACCCGGGGCCCAACGACGCCCCCCUGGGCGAGCACGAUUUCCGAGGACAGGGGGUCCGGGCCCAGCGCUUUCGAUUCUCGGAGGAGCCGCGCCCAGGAGCCGACGGGGCCGUCCUGGAGGUCCACGUCCCGCAGGUGCGUGCAGCAGCACCCGCCGGGAGGCGCCGGAGGGCAGGAGCGGUUCUCGGCUGACUUGGCUGGGGUCCUGAGGGAAGGCGGGAUGCGGACGCUCAGCUGCGCAGCUUCCUGCUUUAGGUCCUGCAUCUCCAGUAUGGAAUGUAUGUUUGGCCCUGUGCUGUGGUCCUGGCCCAGUACCUUUGGUUUCACAGAAGAUCUCUGCCAGAUUGGAGCUGGAGUGAGCCUUCCAGGAAUUUUGGCUGCCAAAUGUGGUGCAGAAGUAAUACUGUCAGACAGCUCAGAACUGCCUCACUGUCUGGAAGUCUGUCGGCAAAGCUGCCAAAUGAAUAACCUGCCACAGCUGCAGGUGGUAGGACUAACAUGGGGUCAUAUAUCUUGGGAUCUUCUGGCUCUACCACCACAAGAUAUUAUCCUUGCAUCUGAUGUGUUCUUUGAACCAGAAGAUUUUGAAGACAUUUUAACUACAAUAUAUUUUUUGAUGCACAAGAACCCCAAGGUCCAGUUGUGGUCUACUUAUCAAGUUAGAAGUGCUGACUGGUCACUUGAAGCUUUACUCUACAAAUGGGAUAUGAAAUGUGUCCAUAUUCCUCUGGAGUCUUUUGAUGCAGACAAAGAAGAUAUAGCAGAAUCUGCCCUUCCAGGAAGACAUACAGUUGAAAUGCUGGUCAUUUCCUUUGCAAAGGACAGUCUCUGAACUAUACCUACAACCUGUUCUGGGACAAUGUCAAUACUGAUGAGCAACCUGGCACAGAAACUAUGAGCAGACCACUUCAGUUUGAGAAUGCAGUGAGUCUGAAGAUGGUCAAGUCUGUUUGCAUCAGAUUUUGAUGUCACCUAGACAACACUUACAUUAACUCAUAUGAAACAAAAAUUAAAAUACAUAUUACAAGUA